GAAGUCACGACAAUGUACAGUUUUCUCUCUCUCCCUCUCUCUCUCUCUCUCUCUUAAUUAGUCAGAAAACUCCAAAAGCUAUUCAAGGAAUCAAGAGUACCUCCCAUCCUUUGUCCAUGCUACAAAUACCCCACUCCUAUCGCUAGAACUUUGUAACUUGUGAGCCUUUUCCUUGAUAUUCAGUCAUACCCAAGCUUUUCACGAGCCUACAGAACACCAGGGUGAAGAGAGUACACAGCCUAGGUCUCUGAAGCUAGAAAGAAAGGAAAUGGAGGGGAAAGAUGAAGAUGUGAGGUUGGGUGCAAAUAGGUACAGGGAGAGGCAACCUAUUGGAACAACUGCUCAGAGCCAAGAUGUCAAGGACUACCAGGAGCCACCUCCGGCACCGCUGUUUGAGCCUGGAGAGCUGUCAUCAUGGUCCUUUUACAGGGCUGGCAUAGCCGAGUUUGUGGCCACAUUCUUGUUCCUUUACAUCACUGUUUUGACAGUGAUGGGUGUGGCCAGAUCUCCGAACAAGUGUUCUUCGGUGGGGAUUCAAGGCAUUGCUUGGGCUUUUGGUGGGAUGAUCUUUGCUCUUGUUUAUUGCACUGCUGGGAUUUCAGGUGGUCAUAUUAACCCUGCAGUGACUUUUGGGCUGUUCUUGGCAAGGAAGCUCUCGCUGACCAGGGCGGUGUUUUACAUAAUAAUGCAGUGUUUGGGAGCCAUCUGCGGUGCUGGUGUGGUAAAGGGCUUCCAGAAAACUGAGUACGAGAGGCUUGGUGGUGGUGCCAAUACUAUCAGCAAGGGAUACACCAAAGGAGAUGGCCUUGGAGCCGAGAUUGUUGGCACCUUCGUCCUUGUCUACACUGUCUUCUCCGCCACCGAUGCCAAGCGAAAUGCCCGAGAUUCCCACGUCCCUAUCUUGGCGCCACUGCCUAUUGGGUUUGCUGUAUUUCUGGUUCACUUGGCCACCAUCCCCAUCACGGGGACAGGUAUCAACCCGGCCCGGAGUCUUGGCGCAGCCCUUAUUUUCAACAAAGACCAAGCUUGGGAUGACCAUUGGGUAUUCUGGGUAGGACCAUUCAUCGGGGCAGCACUUGCUGCUUUGUAUCAUCAGAUAGUGAUCAGGGCCGUUCCAUUCAAGUCUAAGUGAUGAAGCAAGGACCUGCAACAUGGUUGAUUGGUAACUUAAGUAUCCUCUGCCAAUGGGCAAAUCUGGGUUUUUCUUCUUGUAUUUUCGUCUUGAUAUAUGUAAACGGGCAAGAAACAAAGCUAUUAUCUAGACUUCUCACCCGACUUCUCUUCUCCACGGGGUUGCUUAUUAUAUAUGUGUUCAUGAAUGACAGAUGUUCAGUUCUCGCACUCCAACCAUAUAAUAUUAAUGUCAUGAAGUUCUUAA